GGCACACCAAAGUGGGGCACUUGGUUCAAACCCAUCUGGCCGCAGUUCACUGGUGCAAACAGGUAGAACAGAGCACAGUUUUCGUCUGUGUCUAAAUUCCACUUUAAAAAGAAAUUGUUUUUUAAAAGUGGAUUCUUUUCUGUGAGGCGACAUGAAGCCGGCAGUGACUCUGCUGGGCCUCGUCCUCCUGCUGGACGCCACCUUCUCUGCAGAAGAGUCCUGUGUGGGUCAGUGUGGCUCCUUCGAUUCGCUGAGGAAAUGCCAGUGCGACUCCAUGUGUGUGUACUAUGGAAGCUGCUGCGGCGACUUCGACACCGCCUGCCCCAAGAAAGUUGCUCGUGGUGACACGUUCGACGCAGGAGAGGACAUGACAGAAGCGAUGACGAUUCCUGCUCCUGCUACUGCCACAACAACCGUCGCUCCAACCUUCAACACAACUGCCGCAGUCGCCUCUCUCCCACCCAACGCCACCCAGGGGCCCACGCCACCCGUGGACCCUGACGCAGCGUCCUGCAGUGGCCGACCUUUCGACGCUUUUCUGCAGCUGAAGAAUGGCUCUAUCUAUGCCUUCAGAGGUGAAUAUUUUUUCGAGUUGGACGACAAGUCCGUCCUUCCCGGUUACCCCAAGCUCAUCCAGGACGUGUGGGGAAUAACAGGGCCCAUCGACGCCGCGUUCACACGCAUCAACUGCCAGGGGAAAUCCUACAUCUUUAAGGGGAACAGGUACUGGAGGUUUGAUGGCGACGUCUUGGAUCAGGACUAUCCACGGAACAUUUCAGUCGGUUUCGACGGCAUUCCAGACGACGUUGAUGCUGCGUUUGCCGUGCCUGCACCGAGCCACCGUGGCAAAGAGAAAGCCUACUUUUUCAAAGGGGACAAGUAUCACGAGUACAAGUUCAAGCACCAGGCUUCUCACGAGGAGUGCGUCCGCAUGAGCAUGUCCUCGCCGUCCGUGCUGUUCACGCGAUACACAGAUCUGUUCUGUGAUCAGACGUGGGAGGAUUUCUUCACAGAGCUGUUUGGAAGCUCCUUCAGCAGUCGUCACACAGGCCCUCGCUCCAUCAGUCAGGACUGGCAUGGUUUCAGGCCUCCUGUAGAUGCUGCUUUUGUGGGACAAGUCUACGUCAGUCCCAAGCCCACGCCAUCUUCGCCUCCUCCACCUCCUCCACCCGCGAGGAGGUGGAGCGGUCGGAGGAAGAGGCCGAGCAAGAAGCGCGCACAGCGAAGACAGCAGAGUCGCCAUGUGCCGUAUGAUGAUUUGUGGGGUUUCGACGACUGGUUUGCCUACGGCGACUACGCCGAUUUCAUUCAUGAGAGCACCACACAGAGCACUCCUGUUCAAAAUGUGUAUUUUUUCAAGAGAGAUAAAUACUACAGAGUGAAUCAUCAGACGAAACGCGUGGACUUCGCCAGCCCUCCAUACCCACGAUCCAUUGCGAAAUACUGGCUGGGCUGCAAGCACGAAGAGACAGCUGAUGAAUCCAGGGCUGAGAAGAAAUAGGACUGGCUGCCUGAGUCUGUAGUUUGGACACGAUUUGGAGGAAUCCACUCUGUGUUUUAAAUAUAUAAUUAAUAGUUAAUUAUAUGUUUUGUGACAGGUCUUAGCGUAAUUACAAUAUAAAUUCAUCAUUACUUCAGUUAUAUUUUGUUGUUACCACUCUAUUGUCCCCUCUAUGCUUUACACAUACAACACUCACCAAGUUCUCACCUUAACCAUAAAGUAAAACCCCUCAAGAGACCGGCAUGUUUCAAAGAGUGGAGGUGAUGCUCAGUUUAGUUUUCGCACAGUGACACUUGGCUGUGUAAGUGACACACAUGCACACACUGAUCUCUGUUGGUGUAUGUAUUCACCUGCAUGCCGACACUGAGCAAGCUCUGACACAACCUCUCCAGACAGUAAUGCUCUUUCAACAUACAUACAAAAAUGUAAUGCAUAAUAAAGUAAUUGAAUAGAAUUAUUAA